CUAGACUGGCUCCAUGGCUAGUCAGGGUACCGACAAGAUGUAUGAAGUCAAGCCAGCCCCACCUGGGGAUGGACAGCCAGCGACAGGGAUCCCGUCUGAUUUAUCCCCGGAUCCAAAUGUGGAUUCCGGGGAGAUUUUCGAGAAGAAUGAGGAUGAAGCUGUGAACCGAGAUCCAGGACCGCAAGACAACCCACAGCCACAGGCCCAAGACCAUGGUGCCGCCAACGUGGAAGAAAACAUUCUCGGGCUCUCCUUCCCGAGGAAGCUUUGGAGGAUCGUGGAGGACGACGCCUUCGCGUCGGUGCGUUGGAACGAGGACGGCGACGCCGUGGUCAUCGACAAAGACCUCUUCCAGCGGGAGGUUCUUCACCGGAGAGGCGCAGAGAGGAUCUUCGAGACUGACAGCUUAAAGAGCUUCAUCCGCCUCAUGAACCUGUACGGGUUCAGCAAAAUCCGAGCCAGCAACCCCUCAGGUCACUCUCUGGGCAACAAGAAAAUGAUGAUCUACCGAAAUUCUAACUUUCAGAGAGACAGGCCCUUGUUCCUUGACAAUGUCCAGAGAAAAGGUGACCUGAAAACCACCACUGCGUGCUCAGGGAGCAGCGCAACCACUCCCAAGAGAAAGAAGCCCACGGCAGCCACGAGACGUUCUCCACGAAUCCAUCACCAGGAAUCCACCAAAGAGGACAAGGAGGCCCCCAGGGAAGCCCCAAAUGCUCAGGGACCCAGUGGCACCCAGUCGUUCACAUUCUCUGGCAUCUGGUCUCUGAGCAGUGUAGCUGGGUACGCCACCGAAAAUCAUGGCCCCAGUGAGCUGGCUGGUCCCAGUGGGGAGGGUACCUCCAGGAAUGUGAUGUUCGCAUCCCCGGCCCUGGCCGGGAGGGACGGCGCAGGGGAACUGCCCCCCGCACCCCCCGUUUACCCAGAUUACAGGUCAGUGAUGUCACUCUACAACACCUGUUAUUCCAUCCUCUUGGCUGCCCUCUCGGUCAUGCCCCCAAACGAGGCCCCAAGUGAGAACGAGGAACACGAGGGCUCCUCAGAUUACAAGUGUGCACUCUGUGAACACUUCAAGGAAAAUCCGGGUCCGUAA